AGAGCAAUCGAUCGAGCCUGCAGUUUGCCGCUGUCCUGGACGAUUGCGUGACCUCAGCAGUCUAGAGGACAUACCAGCAGUGCCGCACAAGCUGCACGUCCACUCAUAAUGAGCAGCAUGGCCCACAAAAACCUGGAGAGCACAUAGACUCUCACAAGAGCUAAAACAUGACUCCACCACCGCCGCGACGGCGCAAGCGCACGAGCUCCGGCGCCGACAGGAGAAAACGCAUGGCCGAGCACCGACGAGCCUCGACAGUCUGCGCGAAGGCGCUCGAAGAGACGCCGCCGCGCACCGCGCUCUGGGACGCGAGGCCAGCGCCGCCGCUGCCGCCGCCGCCCGCGGCGCCCACAACACCUCGACAACACCCCGACGAAUCGGAAGAUGACUUCCGGGCGCGCCUGGAGACCGUCCGCCAGCUCCGCGACCGAUUGGAGACGGACGACCGCAUGAACCUGGCCUGCGAGUGCGCGAAGCGCGGCGUGGCCUUUGAUGGAGACGACAGCGCCGCGAUGCUACGGCGGCGGCUCGCCCAGGACCUCGUACCAAGGACGUACGCGUCGGCGUCGGCGCGGAAACAGAGCCGCGCGGCGCGGCGCAAGGCGCAGCGCAGGGCCAACAGGGCCCUCGGGCGGCUAUCCAGUGGCCCGCUCAUGGACGAGAUCCGCGCUGCCAAGCUGUCCAAGCUGUCGCGCGCCGCGGCGGCGCCGACCACGCCGCGCGCGCUGCGGACGGCCGAGGCAGCCGACGUCGUCGCCGCGCUGUCGCCGCCGCGCGCGCCGCCGCCGGCGACUCCAUUAAAACGCGGCACGAGCUUGGACGCCCUCGACGCGGCCUGGCCGGCCUGGGGCCAGGAGCCCGAGCUCGUGGCGACUAGAAGAAGGGCCGCCGACGCGCUCGACCGGGCCGAAGCAUCUCGCACAAGAGCCGAGGCCCUCGACACUCGAAGUGCGUGGGCGUCCUACGUCGUCGCCGCGGCCGAGGCCGAACGAGCGAGGCGGAUUGCGGUCAACGACGAAUUGGACUGGGCGAACCAGCUCGAACGAGAACGGCGCCAGAAGUGGGCCGCCGAAGCGGCCCAAAGGGAGCAACGGAGGAGAAUCAGAGAAGGCUUCGCGCGCGAAACACAAGGCACGCGCUGGUUCGAGGGUCUCAUCGAGCGGAAGAAUGAAGAUUAUGAGGUCGCGUGUCCCUACGCGGCCUUCGGGUGCCGCCACUGUGGGCCGCGGUCGACGAUCAGUCAACAUCUGGAGACGUGCCCCGCGCGGCCCCAGGAGAGCUCAUCGCCGGACAAGCUCCAGAAGGAUUAUGAUAUCGUGUGUCCGAACUCGUUCAUGGGCUGUUCGUGUACGUUUCCCCUAUCGCAACUCGCGGCGCACCUACAAACUUGUACGUAUUCCGACACGUCGCGCGCGUCCGAAAGGUCGCAACGGACGGACGCGCAACUAAAAGCUCAAAAGAGCGCCGAGCAGGAGCGAGCUCGACGGUUGAGGGACGAGAGCGGCAUCGCGCUGGCGCGGGCGGCGGCGCGCGUCGCUCGCAAGAAGGGCCUGGCGCCUCAAGCGGAGGUGACGAUCCAGACGGCGAAGCUCGUGACGGACGAGGUGCAGAAUACGGGUUUACGGCGACUGGGCGCGGAGCUGCGGGAGACAGCCGCGGCGGCCGCGGCGGCAGCGGCAGCGAGGGGCAAUGCAAGAAGAGCGGCGAUCCAAGUCAUCGCCGCCGUCGCGCAAAGAGCGUUCUCGUCGACGAACUGCGAGGCCAAGGUGUUUGGGUCCUGUGCUUAUGGGCUCGAUGCGGCGUCGUCCGACGUCGACCUCGUCAUUACGAAUUGGUGCGACGGUGAGUUAAUUGAGGACCGGCCGUACGUCGCUUAUGUGCUGUUGCGGUUCGCGCAGCAUUUAAGAGCGGAGCCUUCCGUCGUUGUCGACAGAGUGCUGGAUCGCGCGCGCGUUCCCGUCAUCCGAGCCACUAUUUACGUCGACGACGGCUCCGUGCCCGUUGACGUCUCGCUCGAAUGUGCGUCUCAUACUGGAUUGGCUGCGGCCGAACUUGGGAGAAGCUUGGUGGACGAGGUGUCGCAGCUCGCUCCGGCGGCGGUGGCCGUCCGCGCUCUACUCAGAAAGGCGGGCCUGAACGACGCCUACACGGGCGGCCUACCGUCCUACGCCGUACUGCUGAUGCUCUACUACGCGACUCUCAAUGGCGACGAGCCUAGAAGUGCCAGGAAGAAGCCCGUGGAUGCGCUCGCGGACGCGUCGUGGGUGCAAGCCUCGCCCGCCGAGCAUCUGUUGAGAGCCACUCCUACAACACCGCACCGCAAGAAGUCGACGGCCUCCGAGAGUCUGAGGCCGACGUAUGCGCGGUCCGCCCCUAGACAAGCCCCCACGCCGCCGCCGCGCCGGAGCGCGCCUCCAGCAUCUAUUGGGCGCGAGGUCGCGAAGCAGCUCUUGGCGAGCGGGCCUAUUCUAAAGGGCGACGACGCUGCGUUAGCGUCAACGCUCCUCAACUUCUUCCGCUUAUUUGGCCGGGAGAGCCAGAUCUCGGUUUCGGUGCGCGACGGUGGGCGGCGCCUGGCCCACGGGGACUCGUUGGGCGGCCUGUUCGUCGAGGAUCCAUUAGAUGUGUCGAACAACGUCGCGCGGGCGGCGUUCCGCGGCAAGGACGUGCUGGCGCUCUUUUCUCGCGCGCACGAUAGAUUGCGGGACGCGCUCCUGGCGCGCAACCGGCGCGUGCUGGACGCGCUGUUCGUGGACGACGAGGAGUGA